UACUUGGUAUUACUGCUGAAGUGUCGUGCGGUCACUCACUUUUAAUAGUUAUAGUAAUAAACGAAAGUUAGUGAUUUUGCCAGAAAAGCAGUUGAUUUAAUUAUAAUCACAAUUGCGAAAUCAACUUUUUAAUUAGUUUAGUUUUAAACAGCAUCUGGAAACAGAUUGACAUUUUAAAUUCCAAAAUCGGAAAACAUAUUCGUCAAGAUUCCGGCCACAGCUCCCAGGACGAGAGCCGCCAAAAGACGCCACCUAGACAGCAGCAGCAAUCCCCCGUCGCCAGCGCCGGAUUCGCCACCUAGGGUCAUAGCCUCCUCCAGCCCAGCGCAACUGCAGGCACAGCAUUCUCCAGUGGGAGAAGGCAGAAGCCCGUUGCCACCACCCACCGCCACAGUUGCCGCCAAAAUGAACCGCUCUAGCAAUGCGCAGACCACACAGAAACUCGUCAACCUGGACGAUAUCUGGAGCGAACUGGUCGAGGGAAUUCUGCAGGUGUUCGAGCACGAGAAGUGUCUCACCCGCAGCCAGUAUAUGCGUUUCUACACACACGUCUAUGACUACUGCACCAGCGUGAGUGCGGCUCCCAGUGGACGGAGCAGCGGGAAGACCGGUGGAGCCCAGCUGGUGGGUAAGAAGCUGUACGACCGGCUGGAGCAGUUCCUCAAGUCAUACCUUAGCGAACUACUCACCAAGUUCAAGGCCAUCAGCGGUGAAGAGGUGCUCUUGUCGCGUUACACCAAGCAAUGGAAGUCGUACCAGUUUUCCAGCACCGUCCUGGACGGCAUUUGCAACUACCUGAACCGUAACUGGGUGAAGCGCGAGUGCGAGGAGGGACAGAAAGGUAUCUACAAGAUCUACCGCCUAGCCCUAGUCGCUUGGAAGGGACACCUUUUCCAGGUGCUCAACGAGCCAGUUACCAAGGCGGUGCUCAAAUCUAUCGAGGAGGAGCGCCAAGGCAAGCUAAUCAACCGCUCGCUGGUACGCGACGUCAUUGAGUGCUACGUGGAGCUCAGCUUCCCCGAGGAGGACGCCGACAACGAGCAGCAAAAUUUGUCCGUGUACAAGGAUAAUUUCGAAAGCAAGUUUAUCGCUGACACGUAUGCCUUUUACGAGAAGGAGUCGGACGCGUUCUUGUCCACUAACACGGUAACCGAGUAUCUCAAGCACGUAGAGAACAGGCUGGAGGAGGAGACACAGCGGGUCCGUGGCUUUAAUUCAAAAAACGGGCUCUCCUAUCUACACGAGACUACGGCGGAAGCGCUUAAGUCCACAUGUGAACAGGUUCUCAUUGAAAAACAUUUGAAAAUAUUCCACACCGAGUUUCAGAAUCUGCUCAACGCAGACCGCAACGAUGAUUUGAAAAGAAUGUACUCGUUGGUCGCCCUCUCGCCCAAAAACCUGACAGAUCUCAAGUCUAUCCUUGAGAAUCACAUACUCCAUCAAGGCACCGAGGCCAUUGCCAAGUGCUGCACUACUGACGCGGCCAACGAUCCCAAGACGUAUGUCCAGACCAUCCUGGACGUGCACAAGAAGUACAACGCUCUCGUGUUGACGGCGUUCAAUAAUGACAACGGAUUCGUGGCCGCCUUGGACAAGGCGUGUGGCAAGUUCAUUAACUCAAACGUUGUCACAAUCGCAAACAGUGCUAGCAAAUCGCCCGAGCUGCUAGCGAAGUACUGCGACCUGUUGCUGAAGAAGUCAUCCAAGAAUCCAGAGGACAAGGAGCUCGAGGACAAUCUAAACCAGGUGAUGGUCGUGUUCAAGUAUAUUGAGGAUAAGGACGUCUUCCAAAAAUAUUACUCCAAGAUGCUUGCUAAGCGCUUGGUGAAUCACACAUCGGCAUCGGAUGACGCCGAGGCCAUGAUGAUCUCUAAACUGAAGCAGACGUGUGGCUACGAAUACACCGUCAAGCUUCAGCGAAUGUUCCAAGACAUUGGCGUCUCAAAGGAUCUUAACUCCAAUUUCAAACAGUACCUGGCCGAUAAAAACGUAACCAUGGAAAUUGACUUUGGAAUCGAGGUUCUAUCCUCGGGGUCGUGGCCUUUCCAGCUGAGCAAUACCUUCCUGCUUCCCUCCGAGCUGGAGCGGUCAGUGCGACAGUUUAAUGAGUUUUACGCUGCCCGCCACUCUGGUCGCAAGCUCAACUGGCUUUACCAGAUGUGCAAAGGAGAGCUGAUCAUGAACGUAAACCGCAACAACUCCUCCACCUACACCCUGCAGGCCAGUACCUUCCAGAUGUCGGUGCUGCUUCAAUUUAACGAUCAACUGAGUUUCACAGUCCAACAACUGUUGGACAACACCCAGACACAGCAGGAGAACUUGAUUCAGGUAUUACAAAUACUGCUCAAGGCAAAGGUGCUGACCUCCAACGAUAAUGAGAACUCGCUGACGCCCGAGUCAACGGUAGAGCUGUUCCUGGACUACAAGAACAAGAAGCGUCGUAUUAACAUCAACCAGCCGCUGAAGACUGAACUUAAAGUGGAGCAGGAGACUGUACAUAAGCACAUAGAGGAGGACCGAAAAUUGCUGAUCCAGGCGGCGAUCGUCCGCAUCAUGAAGAUGCGCAAGCGACUCAACCACACCAAUCUCAUUUCGGAGGUGCUCAAUCAGCUGUCGACGCGCUUCAAGCCCAAGGUGCCCGUGAUCAAGAAGUGCAUAGACAUCCUGAUCGAGAAGGAGUAUCUGGAACGUAUGGAGGGACACAAAGACACAUAUAGUUAUCUCGCUUAAGUUUAUGUUAAAUGUACAACAACUUUCGCUGUUUCAUCUAUGCAAGCCAUUAAAAAUAUCAUCCAUAUA